ACGUCGCAUCGAGAUCUGACAGAAAUGCACUUGGUGUCGCGUUUGUUGCACAGCUUUGUACACAGUCCAAGUUUGGCGUGGGCGAAGACAUCCCCGGAACCUACUAUGGAAUUGAAACUGCAGCUCACGAGAUUCUACAUAUUGUGGGAGCUGUACAUGACGGAGCUCCACCCCGGAAGACGAAAAAAGGAGACCCGGGAGCUACGAGCUGUGAAGUUGGAAAACACUUAAUGUCACCUUUCGCGUCUACCAAAAGUGCCAAUUCGUUAUCUGAGUGCACACAGGAACAAGUCAGAUUUCAUCUCAACCGCAGUGGCCCUUCUUGCUGGAAACCUUUGGAUGACCAGGAUUUGGCUCCACCGAUGCUACCGGGUUCGAAUUUUAGCGCUUCGACGUUUUGCUUGCUCGCCAAUAAGGCUAAAUAUACUGGCGGCAAAGUUGAUGACGACUGCAGGAUAAAUUGCAGAACAAGAAAUAACACUUCAGAAUACUUUGUUGGUCGAGAUGGCAUGGAAUGUCCAAGCAAUCCCACUAAGGUUUGUGUUAAGGGCGUAUGCAUGGCGAAGGAUGAGAUCCCGAAGACACCCCGUGGAAACGAAACGUCAGCAUAAUGACAGGAGCUUCUUAUCGCAAUCUCGAUAUUCAUUCAAGUUACCACUGCAUGUUACCCAGUGCUUUGUAUGUACGCCACCACGAGAGAUGUCGAAAAUAAAGCUCUAGUACAGCAGUAACCACGUGGUAGA